GAAAAAUAUCUGCAAAGAUUUCCAUAUUACUUAGAAAAUUAUGAUGAAGAACAUGAAGCAAACCCAGAUACUUGUGUUGCUUUUGCUAGUGCUUGGGUGCCUUACUGCAUAUGCAAAUUGCCAAGCCAUGGACGAGGUGGUGGAUGAUGAAAAGAUCAUUGUGCCCCCCUGCAGAUUCUGCUUAAAGGACAAAGAAUUAAUACCACGUAACCCACUCCCCUGGUGUUGUGUCCUUGAAGGUGGUCUUUGCUAUAAAACUAAGGUUGAAUGCCAGAUAAACUGUGGAUGCUAGAUUGGGCUGCUGAAUGGACAAGAAAUAAGUUUUGUCAAAACAGAGGCAAAAGUUUUGCUUUAUCUCAUUAAUAAAAAG